AUGCAGAUCGUGGCGUCUAUUGAGCAGUACUCCGAUGUCGAUACGAUGCCGUUUGAAGAGGCGGUUGGGCGAUUGAAGACGUACGAAGAAAGGCUUAAAUCCCAUGAUGACGAAGAAAAUGAUCAAGGCCAAUUAUUGCUUACAAAGGAAGAUUGGGAGGAAAGAACUAGACGGGGUGAUUUUGAUCAACCCGGACAAGGACGUGGCCGUGGUCAAGGUAGAGGUCGCGGUUAUGGUAGAGGUCGAGGUGGUCGGUUCCAAAGCAAUGAAGAUCGAAAGGAUCAAGGUUGGUAUAGAGACAAGCGAAACAUCAAAUGCUAUAAUUGUCAAGAAUACAGACAUUAUGCGAGCGAGUGCCCUAAGAAGGAAACAAAAGAAGAAGAGAUCGGGCAGCUCAAGGAACUGACUGAACUCUCCGUUUAUUCAAAUUCAUUUUCGGGCAGUCUUCCAUGUCAGAUUGGUAACCUAGAGAAGCUACAGUCUCUUGAUCUCGGUCUCAAUUUAUUCUCUGGAUCUCUUCCUUCAGAAAUUGGGAAUUUGAAGAUGCUUUUGGUUCUUGAUCUCUCUACUAAUUCGUUCACGGGCCGUAUACCGGAAACCAUUGGUGCUCUUACAAAUGUCCAAGUUUUCAACCUCCAGAAUUGCAAGUUUACCGGAAACAUCCCCGCUGAGAUUACAAAAAUGACUAGCUUAACCGCAUUGAACAUAGCACAUAACUCUUUCGAUGGUGGAUUGCCUUUUAGCUUUGAUGAGCUGGCAAACCUUGCGUACUUUUUUGCCCAAAGUGCAGGACUAAGCGGGCCAAUCCCGUCAUCAAUGGGAAACUGCAAGAAGUUGAGGGUUCUAAAUCUUUCCUUCAACAUAUUAUCCGGCCCGUUACCUGAUAGUCUUGCUAAUCUUGAAUCAAUAAACUCGCUUCUUCUUACUUCAAACCGUCUGUCUGGCCGGUUACGAGAGUGGUUUUCCAACUGGAAAUGUGUAGUAUCCACAUCGUUGUCAGAUAACCUCUUUACCGGACCUCUGCUACCGCUCAACAUCCCAUCCCUGACGAUACUUGAACUCGAUUCCAACAAGCUUUCUGGUGAAUUGCCACCUGGAAUUUGGGAAAACAAUGCAUUACAGAUGUUAUCUUUAUCUAAAAAUGAGCUCAAUGGCACCUUAGGCAGCAGUUUCAAGAAUUGUUCUAUUCUUACGGAUCUGGGGUUAUCUGGAAACAACUUCUAUGGUGAAAUACCUGCUUACUUAGGAGAACUUCCACUGGUAACAUUGAAGCUGUCGAAAAAUCAGUUUUCCGGAACAAUUCCAACCGAGCUAUGGGAGUCUAAAACCCUGAUGGAGAUCUUUCUCAGUGAUAACUUGCUUCAAGGUCAUAUGCCGGAUGCAAUUGCAAAUGCUUCGACACUUCAGAAGCUGAUGUUGGAUAAUAAUCUCUUUGAAGGACCUAUUCCACCCUCAAUUGGUCAACUCAAAAAUUUGACCAAUUUGUCACUUCAUGGUAACAAGUUUACUGGUAAUAUCCCAUUGGAAGUUUUCAACUGCGUAAAACUGGUCUCUUUGGAUCUUGGUUCCAACAAACUUACGGGUCAUAUACCAAAGUCGAUAUCUCAACUGGAAUUGCUUGACAACCUUGUUAUGUCCAACAACCAACUGUCGGGUCCUAUACCAAAAGAGAUCUGUUCAGGUUUUCAGAAAGUUGCGCCACCCGAUUCUGAAUUUACCCAGUACUAUGGUAUGUUUGAUCUUUCCAACAACAGGCUUUCCGGGCCCAUUCCAACUUCAAUCAAGAAUUGCGUCAUUGUGACAAAGCUUAUACUAUCAAGGAACCAACUUGAUGGGCCCAUUCCUUAUGAAAUAUCUAGAUUAUCCAACUUAACUUCACUUGAUCUGUCAUUUAAUCGUCUUACCGGCCCGAUUCUUCCUCAGUUCUUCUCCAUGAGAAAUCUUCAGGGCUUGAUAGUUUCACAUAACCAGAUAGGCGGCUCGAUCCCUGAUAAUUUUGGAUCAAUGAUGCCAAGUUUAGUUAAACUAGACUUGUCAAACAACUGUUUCACUGGCUCUUUGCCUUCAUCUAUGUUUAGUGUCAAUAAUCUGGAAUAUCUGGAUGUUAGCAUGAACCAUUUUUCUGGUCAACUCUUGUUUGACCAUAGCAGCAGCACCUCUCUAUUUUCCUUAAAUGCCAGCAAUAACCAUUUUUCUGGUGCUCUUGAUCCCUCUAUAUCAAAUCUGAUAGCCCUAACCAUUUUAGAUAUUCACAACAACAUCAUCAAUGGUAGUGUACCUUCUCUUGCCGACCUUGUUGCUUUGACUUAUCUUGACCUUUCAAGAAACAAUUUUCAGAAUGCUUUCCCAUGCAGCAUUUGUUAA